AUGUCCUGGGCCUCUCGAAAUCUUCUACUCCUCCUCCUGGUAUCCUUUGGCCUCCUCCUACUCCUGCUGUUAUCCUUCGGCCUCCUCCCCCUCCUCUUACUGUCAUCUUUCAGCCUCCUCCUCCUCCUCCUUCUGUAUCACUCUUUGGCCUCAUCCUUCUCCUCCUUUUGCCAUCAUCGUUUGGCCUCCUCCUCCUCCUACAGUCAUCCUUCGGGGCUCCUCCUCCUCCUCCUGUCAUCCCUCGGCCUCCUUCUCCUCCUCCUCCUACUAUCACCCUUCAGCCUCCUCCUCCUCCUCCUAGCAUCAUCCUUCAUCCUCCUCUUCCUCCUCCUCCAGCUAUCAUCUUUCGGCCUCCUCCUCAUCUUGCUGUCAUCCUUCCUCCUUCUCCUCCUCCACCUGCGUCAUCCUUCGGGCUCCUCCUUAUUCUGUUGUCAUCCUACGGCUUCCUGCCCCUCCCCCUCCUGGCAUCAUCCUUCGUCCUCCUCCUCCUCCUGCUAUCAUCGUUCGGCCUUCCUCCAUCUCCCCUGGCAUCCUGCUAUCAUCCUCGGCUCCUCCUCCUCCUCCUCCACUUGCUGUCAUCCUUCGCCUGCUUCCUUCGCCUGCUAUCAUCUUUCGGCCUUCUCCUCCUCCUCCUCUUCCUCCUCCUCCUCCUCCUGCUGUCUUCCUUCGGCCUCCUCCUCCUUCUGCUUUCAUCAUCCUUCGGCCUCCUCCUCCUGCUGUCAUCCUUCGGCCUCCUCCUCUCCUCCUCUGAUCAUCUUUCGGCCUCUCCUCCUCCUCUCUUCCUCCUCAUCCUCCUCCUGCUGUCUUCCUUCGGCCUCCUCCUCCUUCUGCUUUCAUCAUCCUUCGGCCUCCUCCUCCUGCUGUCAUCCUUCGGCCUCCUCCUCCUCCUGCUAUCAUCUUUCGGCCUCCUCCUCCUCCUCCUGCUGUCAUCCUUCGGCCUCCUCCUCCUCCUCCUCCUCCUGUCCUCCUCCUCCUUCCUCCUGUGUCAUCCUUUGGCCUCCUCCUCCUCCUCCUGCUAUCAACCUUCGGCCUCCUCCUCCUCCUCUCCUGUCAAUCCUCCUCUCUCCCUCCUCCUCCUCCUCCUCCUCAUCCUCCUCCUCCUCCUGCUGUCUUCCUUCGGCCUCCUCCUCCCCUUGCUUUCAUCUCUCGGUCUCCUCCUCUUCUUCUUCCUCCUCCUCCUCGCAUCAUCCUUCGUCCUCCUCCUCCCGCUGGCUUCCUUAG